UGUCAUUUUACGGCUGUGUAAUCUUAAUCAUGUCAAAUAUGUGUCAAAAUAAAAAAUAAUUUUUUACGUUGUAGUAGUGCUCCCAUAAACAACUUUCUUUUGUAUCAUGUUUUGUUUAAUUUAGUGUUUACACUAUGGCCUGUCAUCAACCAUAUGCAGGUGAUAUCAUUCACCUAAAUGUUGGCGGAAAAAGAUUUUCCACGUCCAAACAAACGCUAAAUCUAAUACCCGACACCUUUUUCACCGCUCUUCUCAGCGGACGAAUAUCCAGUUUACGCGACGAAAAUGGAGCCAUUUUUAUAGAUCGCGAUCCCGAAAUUUUCUCAAUUAUUUUAAAUUAUUUACGAACAAGAGAAAUAGAUUUACAUGGAACAAAUUUACGAACACUGCGCCAUGAAGCCGAAUAUUAUAACAUUGCUCCUCUUGUCAAAAGAUUAAUUUUGUGUGAAGAAUUAACCCAGUCGACUUGUGGGGACGUUCUUUUUUAUGGUUAUUUGCCGCCGCCUUGUAUUUCAGUUCAAGAAACAACACCAACAAGCCAUUAUGUAGAAACAACAGCAGUUCAUUCUGUCAGACCAGGUUCAAGUAUAAGAAUUCCAGAUGGACAAAACAAUGGCUCAACACCGUCAUCAUCUGGAACAAAUGGUGACAGUAAUGGUGAGAGUUCACAAAAUGGGAACAAUCAAUGGCACGGAUCCCAGAUCCCUCCAAAUCAAAUUAUCAGUCCUGUAUACAACAGGCCACAAGGUCAUUCACGUAAUUCAUCCAUGGAACUGCGGUUAGGUAUGUCGGCGACCUAUAGUCGAAGUUCCCAGGAUUUGAGGGGGUUAGCAAGCAGAGGUCAUUCACGUGCAGCCUCAUUAGACUUACGUCACGUGCGAAAUUCGUCAGCCGAUUUAAAUAAAUUAUUUAGAAAUGACAUAGGGCUUGUUUUUGGUAAUCCAGGUUCCAGUUGGGCUGACCCUCUGAGAGUUCAAAUCAUUAAAGCUCAUCAUAAUUGGAUUGUUGUUGGUUAUGCACAUUUUAUUGUUAGUUAUAGACUGAAAGACUCGAGCGGAUGGCAACAAAUUUUUAUUAGCCCUCACAUUGAGCAGUGUAUAGAGCGUAUUGCGAUUAAUGCCAAAAUGGGUUCUGGAGACAAUUCCAAAAUGGUAGCAAUUUCCUAUGGUAGCCAAGUUCGGCUGUGGGGAAUUUCCGACAGUGGUGAAAAAACCAAUAUUGGUAUCUUUAAUUUACACGUGCGUGUGGAAUAUUUAUUUUUCAUUGGUAGCCAGCUUGUUGCGCUAUCGCCCUCUGGUAAAUUGGGAGUUUGGCACGCUAUGACUCAGCAUUGGCAAACCCAGGAUGUAAUGCCAAUUGCAUCAUUUGAUACCGCUGGGUCGAUUCUUCUACUGGGUUGCAAUAAUGGCUGUAUCUAUUAUAUAGAUAUGCAGAAAUUUCCGUUGAGAAUGAAGGAUAACGAUUUACUGGUAACCGAACUGUACAGGGACCCGAACAACGACCCAGUGACAGCUAUAUCGGUGUACCUAACGCCGAAGACAACGUCAGAGAGAGGUCGGGAAGAUUUAUGUGGCAACUGGAUCGAAAUUGCUUAUGGUACAACGUCAGGUUCAGUACGAGUAAUCGUCCAACAUCCAGAAACCGUCGGUCAUGGACCGCAACUGUUUCAAACCUUCACCGUCCAUCAGAGUCCAGUCACAAAGGUCACCUUAUCGGAAAAAUAUCUCGUCUCAGUGUGCUGUGAAUACAAUCAUGUACGAAGCUGGAGGGUUACCAGGUUCAGGGGCAUGUUAUCCACUCAACCGGGUUCAACUCCAGAAGCUUCUUUCAAAAUAGUGUCUUUAGAGGCAGUGGAACCCUCCAUUAGCCACGCCACUUCCAACGAUUGCGGACCAUUUGGAGAACAAGACGACGAACAAGUCUUCGUCCAAAAGGUGGUACCCGACGCCGAUCAACUCUUCGUCCGAUUGGCCAGCAACGGAAAGCGAGUGUGCGUUAUAAAAGCCGUAGACGGCAGCACCGUAAGCGCAUUCUGUGUACACGAAUGCGAAGGAUCGAGUAGAAUGGGAUCCAGACCCAGGCGUUUUAUUUUCACAGGACAUUCGAACGGAUCCAUACAAAUGUGGGAUCUAACCACUGCCCUAGAUUUAUCUUAUAAGACUGACUUAGCGGACAAAACUAACGGAGGCCCCUCGCCGGAAGAGCUCCUUCAAAUGUUAGAUCAAUGUGAUUUGAGUAACAGUCUUUGUUCGACUCCCUGUAUGUCUCCCUUGCCCUCUGUUGCUGCAGCUGCGCGUCUUAAAUCUAGCAAUGUGGCUUUCCUUAAUCAGCAACAAGAUGCUGAUCGUGCUUCAAGUUCAAGUUAAAGGUCGUUCAAACUUCUUGUUUCUAGUUCCGGGUGUUUCUGCAUUUGUUGUAAUAUAUAAUUUUUUUUCAGUGCGAAUUCAUCGCAAUUAUUUAAUUUUGUGCAAUAAAUUCUUGCCUUUGUUGUUAACAUUUAAUGAUAAUUGUUUUAGAUUCUCAUUUUAAGUUUGUCGUUAAGUUGUUGAAGCUAAUUCAUUAAAAAAUAUAAUAGAAAAUGAUGCCUAGAGAAGUUUUUUAAAAUGUUCAAGAAUUAAGUCAGACUGCCGUUUUUGGGAAAAUCAUUGACAAAAAAUUGAUUUUCUUAAACAGAGCUAGCACUUGACAUUACUGUAAUUAAUAAGCAAUAGAAAAGCUGAAUUGGCGUACGGGGUCUUUAGCUGUGUUGAAACACCAUUAAAGUGGAUUUAGCAGAUUGUAAACUUCCAUAUAGACGCCUCUUUCAGUACUUUAAUUUAACAAGAACAGAUGUGCGACGCACAAACGUGAUGUGUGAGCUUGUCUUUUCUAAAACUAGUAGGAAAACUGUAGGGCGUAGAUGGUGUUUUUAAAAAAUAUGGAACAAAUCGGAUAAAACUGAGCAAAUGUCAUUAAAAAAAUUAACAGUAUAUAAGAAACGUAUAAAAAAAAUUUAAAUCAGGCAUCAGAAGAACAUGGGUACCCUUGAAACUUAUUUUUAGUGGCACCACUGAAUUAUGUACUUUUUUAUUGGCAUUUGUAAAUCGCUACAAAAUAAAGUGUGGAAUAUCUUAAAAAUUUCAAGUUAUUUUUAUUUUAUUAUACUGAAAACUUUGCAAUAUUAUAUCACGUUUAUUUUCUUGGAAGAAUCUUGUAGUGAUUUGUAUAAUAUACAAUUUUAAAUGACGCACUUUUGACGAAAUCAACCAAAAAAUUUGACAGCUACUCCAAAAAAGUCGCUAACCUAAAAAAUUUAAUUCUUUCUUAUCCCAACGUGUUCCAUACUUUUUGAUCACAAUGUAUAAAAGACGGAUAUGUAUGUCGUGUUAUUCUUAACGUUUGUGGAGCCUUUCACUUUUUUGAUGUCCUAAGAAUACCACUUAAUGUUGAUGUUUUCUUUGUUAAAAAUUGUUGACUGAUAAUAAUUAUCAGCUUUUGCUGAUUUGUAAAUGCUCGCGAAAUGUAACAUAACACCUACUGAGGUGGUAAUAAAUUUUAUAGACAAAAUAAGAAUAAAUUGUGAUAGAAUUCUUCUAUUUCUUGAUGUAUUAUGAUGGAAUUUUACAUUUAUUAAAUAAAAUUCAUAAGAAUUA